AUGUCAUACGCUGGCCUUUCCAAGGGGAUAACGGGGUUGUUUAUAACGAUCAUUUUGGCCGCCCACGCGAACUCGCCAGCCACAAGCGAAGCGCUUCUACAGGAACUCAAUGACUCACAGCCUGAACUUCUGGCGCGGAUCAUCCGGACUGUGCCAGCGAUGAUUCCCAAGGCGUACCGAUGGGUGGGGGAGAUGGAGGAGAUUGCAGGAUUUGUCGGGGGUGGAGAGGGGGAGAUAUAUCAGGGCAUGGCGAAGGUAUUCGGGAGGGUGGAGGCGUCGGUGGCAACGGGGAAUGAUGAUGUCGAGAGGCUGCAGGAAUUUGUCGAGGCGGCGAAGCGGAGGAAGGGAAUCUAA